CAAUAUUCAUCACCGGGUGAGAUAAACAGGAGUCAAGGUCACCUCGAGCAGAGCAUGUCAAAAACGCAUACGACCGGUCAUGACGAACGCUGACCAUGAACGAAGAAGCCAUGCUCUCUGUUUAUCGAUGUCCAGAUGAUAAGAUUUGUUCAUGAAACACCUCCGCAUGACUCGAGUUGAGGCGCACGCUGUGUGAUAUACUAUAAUAUUUGUUGCUGCCAUUCAUACAACUUAUCAAGCUAACGAACGGCACUGAACCGUGUCGCCAGCUACUACACGCUGAUGACGGAUGUACGUCUUCGUAACGUUGGGUUUUAACGUUGAUUGACACGCAUUGUUGAUGUUACUUGCCUUGAUAGUAAAUAGGCAACGACCUAAGCGGGUCAGACUAUAACGGUACUGGUAGGCCCUACAGUGGACAUUGCUGGAUUUGUACACACGGAGGGACACGGUAAAAGGUGUAUACAUGGGCACCGUAUACAUGUGUGUUUUACAGGUGAAGUCGGUUCGCACUGUUCAAACAAUACCCCGUGUGCAGGAAUAAGGGGUAUUUACACCUAACACUCUCUACAUAUAUCUGUGUGUAUUUCGUUGGAUUAGAGGUCUGACGUUCGCGUGUGUUGUCAUCGUAAUUCAGAAAUAGGACAUGACCAUAAUGUCCGAAUAUUUGGGACAUAAAUCCUUGUGACAGCCAGCCGUAGUAUGUAUACAAUAGUGAUGGUGUGGGGUAGGGUACAGAGUACCACUAAGGCGCCACGGACCUGGCAGCUGGCCCUAAUGAUGUUGCUGGUAGCCCUACACACCAUGGCACAAGGGUCCACAACUCUAGAGACGACAGAAACAGGAAACUCAACCACUUCGUCCUCACCUUCAUCAUCUACGUCUACCACAACAUUACCCCCAUCUACCACAACAUCACCCCCACCACCCACAGACACAUGGACAAUCCUUACCGAGGGAUAUUUAUUGUUUCACCCUGUCCCUGCCACAUUACAGGAUCCCAAACUCGAAUUAGAAUUAACUUUUAAGACUAAACAACCCCAUGGACUUCUUUUCUGUCACCUUGUGACACCGAAACUGUCACAGGAGAGGUAUUAUGGACGGAUUACAGAAGACCUGGAAGUAUACCAGUUCUGUGCCGAGUUAUUCCAGGGAGCCCUUCGUAUCGCUCAUAAACUCAACCAGUAUGAAGACAUUUUCACCAUAGGCAAAGAAUACCAUGAUGAUGAAUGGCAUGAGGUCAAAGUCUCCCUGGACACGUCGUCCGGUCAUGUAGAAGUGACCAUGGACGGAGAAGUCCAUAAUAAGCGUGUGCGGGCAUUCACAUGGAUUCGGCCCUCGGACCUCCUUGACUCGGAACUUGUGUCACCAGUUGUUCGAUACGGCAGUGGUGCCAGCCUGGACCAGUUUGUCGGUUGCCUACGGAACCCCAUGUUUGGUGGUAAGGAGGUGAGGCCUGGCGAAACACAUCGGGUGAAGGCUGGGUGUGUUGAUUUAUGUGUCACCAAAAACUACUGUGUUAAAGGCACCCACUGUAUAAACCAGUACACGGACAUGCUCUGCGACUGCUUCGGCUCCGACAAUGAAGGAAAAUAUUGCAACAUCACUAAGCCGACUGUGGUGACGCUGAGGGGCUAUGAGUGGAUCACUUAUCAACUUUACCAGAGACCGAAAGACAAGAUGUUGAUGGAUAAUACACGAAUCAGUCUGCAUUUCAAGUCUGACAGAGGGUCUGGCGUAUUGAUAUAUGCCGUGGGAGGUGCUCCGUACAACAGUCACUUAAUCGCCUCCGUUCAUGAAGGCACUGUGACGGUCUCCAUGGCGUUUGGUGAUGAUGUCAUACAGGAGAGGAUGGGGAUCGGUGUGGACGAUCAAAGGUGGCACAAUCUGACCAUUGUCCACAGCCCAGUGGAGGUCAAUUUCCUACUGGACGGUAUGUCACACAGACAUUCACUCGACCCAAAAAACUUCCACAUCAGCUUUGACCCUCAGAUCUACUUCGGAGGGGGAGAUAAUUUUGUUACAACACAAGGGCUGCAAGUGACGCAGAACUUUGUAGGGUGUCUAAAAAAUGUUUAUGUGAAUGAAAUAUCGGUCCUGCAUCGUCUUGUGGGAGGUGAUCCUCAGACCCAACUCAAAGGCGGAACCAUGCCACAACAGGGCUGUCGUAAGGUCCAAGACAUCCCAAUGACAUUCCCAAAGUCUGGCACGAUGUUACUGUUUGAUGGAUACGGCGGUCAGGACCUUACAGUAGAGUUAGAGUUUCGAACCGUAAGGCAGGAUGCUGUGCUUCUCUACUUCAAUCUGUUGUCACCGGGAAAUAUCGAUACAGGAAACUUAGAGGUAUGGGUGAGAGAUGGGCAGCCUCUUUUACAUUAUGUCUCGUCUCUUAGCAACGGAAGCCACACCAGAAAUACCACAGUGGCAAUGGUUGUCAAUAACAACAGGUGGCACAUGCUCCGUCUAGAGUUCAAGGCCGGAACGGCCAAGGUUCGUAUCGGGAGUCGAUCAGUUGUCCUAGAGGGCGUUGGGGAGCCUAUCUACGUCAGUGGUGCCAUCAUUGUGGGCUUUGUCCCGAAAGUCUAUACAGAAAACAUUGGAUUUGUUGGUUGUAUACGGAACCUAAAACUCCAGAAUGAGACUAUUGACCCAAUUAAGUUGAUGGACAAUCGUGACGUUGUGGACGGCGUGUUUCUAGAUGGCUGUGACCUAGUUGAUCAUUGUCGCUAUGGCCCACCGUGUCAGCAUGGUGGCCAGUGUUUGGCAGACUGGGACGGGAUAUCUUGUAACUGUGAAGCCACAUCUUACACUGGAAAAACUUGUCACUUUCCACGGUACAAGCAAACGUGCGAUGAAUACUACCAGGCUGGGUACACAGGAUCAGGGGUCUACUUGCUGGACGUAGAUGGUGAGGGACCGAUGGAACCCCAUCAUGCCCUGUGUCAAAUGGGCCACAUAACGCUUGACUCUCAAAGAGUCCUUGACCUCACUGGGGCAACUGUGGUAGAACACAACCUAGCACCGGGCACAACAAUACGAGACCCUGAACUGGGUGAACUCAAGAAAGUCUUAUCAUAUAGAGAGAUGAAUCAUGAGAUUCUCCUACAGUUGGCAAGGAUGUCUGCUGAAUGUAAGCAGUAUGUGGAGUACAGCUGUUACCGUGCUCCAAUCAGACUUGGAGACCUGACAUUCUUCAGAGCUGCUAGUGGACAGGCUGUGGAAUCCAUUGGUACAGAUACACCGGGACAGUGUGCUUGUUCCCAUGACAACCAGUGUCCAGCCAAUGGAUGCAUGUGUGAUAGAGCGAAAUCCUCAAUAGUAGUUGACAAGGGAGAUAACUUUGUCAAAGGACAGUUGCCCAUCACUGAGCUGACAAUCUUGAACAAAAGAGGUGGAUCUUCCCAGGGAACAGCCAACAUCACGUUAGGGCCCCUUAGGUGCUGGGGCAGUAAUGAUAACAAACUGGACCAUGCUGUAACGUUCACAGGCCAAAUGGGCCACCUUGUUCUCCCUCCGUGGAAGUCGUUUGAUCUGCGAUUCAGCUUCCGUACACACCAACCAAGUGCUCUCCUGUUACAUCAGAGUCCGCAGUUCAAUAAUUCUAACAUGUUCAGUAUUGAGAUGUUGUCAGCACGGACAAUGCGCUUUUUCUUCGUGAUAAAUGAUGUUGAAUUUGUAUCGGAUGUACAGACGGAAGAACCACUGAACACAGGCGCAUGGAAACAGAUUCGCGUGGAACGUAGUCAGCAAGACAUCCGCUGUAGUAUAGCUAAGAAACAACAAACCGUCACCAUCCCGGAGAUCUGGACGUCGGAUGAUCCCAUCUUCUCAGGACUCCUGUAUCUGGGAGGAUUACCAGGGGAGAUGUUUGAGGAGACCCCAGGACUUGUUGGUUGUGUACGCGGCAUGGUUUACAAUGGCAUUCAUCAUGAUCUCACUAGUGACACUGACCCCAGCUAUCCUGAAGUGAAGCCAGGCUGUACAGCCUCCUGCUGGACUAACCCUUGUCAGAAUGGAGCAAGUUGUGUGGAGGGCUGGGGAACCUACCAGUGCCUGUGUGCUAAUCCCUGGGCACACAUGGGCCACAGUUGUGAGAUCAAUAUAAAUAAAGACGCAGUUUCCUUCAACGGAUCGAUAACAUCAUUUCUGGAGAUAGAUAAUGGUGAUGACCUGUCCAUGUUAGAAUCCACCAUUAUUGUGAGCUUUAGGACCACAAGCCCUCGUGCUCUUCUCCUAUAUAUCUAUGACCAUCUCAACAACUUUGUCCAGCUGGAGGUGACAGGUCCGAGCCAGCUACGCCUUAGUUAUAACCACUUUGAUGUGAUCAAGGAAGGAAUUCUCAUUGUUGAUGGUGUUGCAGAUGGAACCUGGAAACAGGUAGUGAUCCAGUUCUUACAAGGCGGAGACCGAGGGGUGAAGCUGAUCCUAGAUGAUCACCAAACGAUUGUCCCCUUCCGUACCCUCAAACUCAGCCAGUACUCCAACCAACCCUUCAGUACUGGAGAGAUACGAGAGACUGUAUUUCCACUGAGAGAUGCAGAAUCGUCUCCCUUUGUUCGCAUGUUUGUUGGUGGGAGCUCCAGCCAAAGGACCAGUAUCCCUACCCUUAAUGGUUGUAUGAGGGGAUUAAAGAUCGGCGACAGAGUUAUCUCCCUUCAGGAAGUAGCUAGGCAUACUGCUGGUGUUGAGGGGGCCUGUCACAGUGGCUGUAUGAACCUCCCAUGUCACAAUGGCGGCUACUGCUGGGAGAAAUGGGGACUCAGCGAAUAUGAGUGUGAUUGUACGAACACAGCUUAUGCCGGCAAGCAGUGUGAAAUAGAGGCAUCUGGUACAUUUGACGGUCAGUCUGUGGUGGAAUACAUGUUCAUACCCAAUGGUCAAGCACAACGGACGUCCACUGAGAAGGUGUCACUUGUGUUCCAAACUAAUACAACUGGAAAUCAACCCAUGGUUCUUGUUGUUGUCAUCAGCUCAAGCCAUACCGACCAUGACUUUGUCACUCUCUGGAUGAAACCUGAUGGAGGUGUUCAUGUGACCACGAGUCAAGGCGGAGUUCAUCACGGACUGAGUUUGGAUGGAAAGUUUGCAGAUGGCCAACCUCACACACUGAUAUACCAACACUCGAACUCCGAAAUGUCACUAAAGGUAAGUAACAUUGAAAUGUGUCUCCGUCUUGUCAUCAUCUGGUCUCCCAUCAGGCGUCACAGAGAAGCAGACGUCAGUCAGGAGGCUGCAUACAGUGGCAGACGUCAACUGCAUGCUGUUCAGAGUUUCGCCAGAAGUAUUUUGAGUAAAAAUUAUGGAAUCAACCAUACCGACCAUGACUUUGUCACUCUCUGGAUGAAACCUGAUGGAGGUGUUCAUGUGACCACGAGUCAAGGCGGAGUUCAUCACGGACUGAGUUUGGAUGGAAAGUUUGCAGAUGGCCAACCUCACACACUGAUAUACCAACACUCGAACUCCGAAAUGUCACUAAAGGUACUCGGGACAUCAAAUGUUGAUGUGGAGGCAAUGGAGACUGUUCCAGUCUCUAACAAUCCUCUCCAGAACCUCGACACGGUUUUAGUCGGAGGAUUUACCCAUACCAGUGUAUACGACAAUUUCAGUCAUCGUAACAAGUAUCGCAACUUUACAGGCUGUUUGUCAGUGGUAAGGUUUGAACCUGUGGCCAGGAUGUACCGGUACUUACAACAGCCCCUAAAAGCCCUCCGUGACAAUGCCAGCAGUUCCAUAGUCGUUCACGGCAACAAGGUGGGUCCCUGUUCAUCGCCCAUUGCCAUUGACCUGCAACAUGACUCAACUACCACAACUACCCACCAAACAACAGCCAAUAGUGCCAUGCAGAAGCUAAUGAUGCCACCAUGGAAUCCUGGGCCAGCAGAGACAAUUUUCCUGAACCCACCCAAACCCAAGACGUCCAGUAGUACUCCUGCCCCUACAACCCCAGUUACCAUAUCUACAACUAUGGCAACAACACCACAGGCCAACCUUACUCGCCCCAGACCAGUCCUCGAGUCAAGAUUCAUGAACGACGAGACCAUCGUAAUCCUGAUGUGUGUCAUUGUGUUUAUCCUGCUCAUCACUGUCAUCAUCACCCUCAUCCUGUGGCGCUUCAAGAAAAAGAAAGGCUACCGUUUCAAACAGAAGGAAGACUACGAGAUGAAACAGCCUCUGAACCACACAUCUGGCUCUAGUCCGCCGGUCAGUCCUGCGGCAAGUGCUCCGGUCAGUCCCGCACUCAAGGACCAUCUAGCUAGACUGGACGAGUUCUCCAUGGUGUCCGCAACAUUGGGACCAUCCAUACGACGACAUGAGAAUGGAAUUCGACCUGGAUUGGAGCCGUUGCUAAGUCAGGAAGACGAUCAACCAGAAUAUACUAUGCAAACAUUUUUCAACAAAAAGAAAAAUCGGCCAGCAUCUUCUAUAUCUGAAGUGUUAGAAGAAAUGGAAAGACAGCGUAGAAAUAGAGACCCUGACACAGGACGUGGAGUAGGAGCCAGUCCUCAAGAGGAGGGGCCAGCUGACUGGGAGGUACCUGGUGAUCAGCCUGUCAAACAGUUUGGAGAAGAGAAAACAAAAGGAAGACAUACAGGAAGUGAACCCCUUCUGAUGGAACAGCCAAUCAUGCAUCACACAAUAGACAGCGGAUACGAGGCGGAAUCACGGCCUGAAACAAAUACACCCUCACCCCCUUCCCCUCAAAAGUCCUAUUUAGACGAGUCCAUCACUUCCCCACCUUCACCUAAAUCAUACCUGUACGAGCUGGCUGGCUUUAACGGCAGUGAAGCUCCGAACUGUGCCUCCACGCCACGUAAAAAUUCCACAGACAGUCCGGAGGUCAUCACGUAAAUCCACGCUUAUGGCCGCACCACGUAAUGAAUUCCUGUAAAAUGGCCACAAAGUGUUCCAGUGGCACAUAUUCCAAAGAUGUGUAUAUUGUUGACAAUUGAAAUAUUUUUAUCAAAGGACAAUACAAUAUUAAUUGAAAUAAACUAAAAAUGUUAAAUUAUUGACAUAUUUAAUAUUUUACAAUUAUGAAAAAAAAAAUAUAUACACAUUAUAUGGAUGAUGAGUAAUUUAUUGAAUAUGUAUCUUGUAACAUGUGUGCAACCAUUUCCUAAGCAUUAUUUAUCUGUAAACACAUUAUAAAACAUUUAUUUGUGCAAUACAUGCAUUCCACAGAUGUUGUGGCUGAAGAAUAUGAUCUGUUUAUAUUCGUGUGAAUUGUUCUGGCAUCUAUUGACUUUUUAUAUUGGUCAUGCAUCAAUUAAUCGAUGUUCAUAAAGCAACAGAAUAAUUUGGACUCUGUUUAUUUGUGUAAUGAUGAAUUGUUUUACAUGUCGCCAGAUAUCUAUUUGUUUAUUUGAUUGAAACAGUUUAUAUCAUUUGGUACUUUCACAGGGACUUGGUACAAAUUUUUAACCCAGUGUCCAUAUAAAUAUAUAUAUUAAAACACAAGUAAAUAAUGCAUAUAUUUACUGUGGGUUAAAAAUGCAUAACAGGUCCCUGUGGUUUCCUUUAAAAUGGAUUUGUUUCCAAGCUUUUGUAAAUAAAUCUAGAAGUUUUUGAAUUUUUUCAGAAACUCAAGAAUGAAAGUGUUCACUUUAAAAGUCACAUUUGUGCAUUUAUGAGUUGUAUCAAAAACUGUUUUAGGUAAUGGUCACAAAACAGAUGUGAAUUGUCUAUAUUAUAAUACUGUGGUUGCCCAAGUCAAACUUUGUUUUCUUGCAUUAAUGUGCAACCAUGCCUUGUAAACAUUCUCAAGUAAACACUUACAAGUACAUGUAUGUACAUUUUUGUUUGUAAUAUACAAUGUAUAUAGAUAUUCGCUGGGUAUAUAUUUUUGCAUUAUAUUUGAUGGCUGCGAGUAUAUCAAGAUUGAAUUCAUUGCUAAUAUAAUACAAACUAAAACAUUAACAACUGAGUAUAGCUUUCCACAAAAAAAA